AAUAUUAUAUUCUUGUAUGAGACUUCGUCGUGAAACAUUCUCUUCGAAUUCAUACAUUUCUUUGAACAUGAAGUUGCUUGUUCUUUUUGUGGGUCUAUGUGUCUCUGUUGGGGUGUUGUGCAGCGUGCCCGAUCAGGUUGAAGUUGGGUCAGCAGCAAAUCCAAGUUACAGCGGCGAUGUUGCUGCUCAAAAUUCAAUCGUAAAUGAUAUGAAUGAGAGAUUCAAACGGCGACUACCUCAACCAAGUGUUAGUGCAUCGUUUGUAAAGGUAAAUAGGCUGAUAAAAAGUUUUUCUGAUCGUUUCGGCAAUAAAAGGGAAUUGUGCGGCACUCAACUGAAUCGGCGUAAAAGACAGGUAAAUCGUAAUAAUACCCAUUGCCCCCAACCCGUAACUGUCACCGUCGGGCAAAACUAUCACAACGAUAUAGAACGCAUAGCCUCCGAGCUACGCAAUGACCCAGGCACCAUAACCACUGACGUGUCGAAUGAAAAUAGGCACGCAGUUGAUAGUUAUACCACGAUUACAGUUCCAGCCAACCAAAAUCACGCACAACCCAUUGACUUGACCGUUACAAUGCAAGCUACUCUCACGUAUGAUAACACGGCACAAAAUCGGCGAGCAGAUAGUAUUCAUCCUGCGAUUGCAGAGCGUUUGCAAGAAAUGGAUUGGUAUCGCGGUGGUAAUCGAAAUACCAAUGAUGAACAAGGUCAUCUUUUGGCUGACUCUCUAGGUGGGCCUAGUUUACCAUGGAAUUUCGUUCCACAAAGUCCAUCAGUAAAUCGUGCAGUGGAAAUUACAGGUGGGACGACAUAUUGUUGGUUUGACUUGGAAGCGGAUAUCCGAAGAAUUCUCCAAGAAAAUCAGAACCAUUACAUCGUUUGGACCAUCUUAGUUAGUUAUGGGGGUUUACCAGCUUCGCGCCGCCCGACAGGUUUUAUGAUAUCGGUACGCCAUUUGGAUUCCAAUCGUCGAUUUAUAAACUAUCGCAUGUUUAUGAUUCCCAACAUUCCUUCGGAUGCCUGCACUAAUUCGAACCAUGUAUUCUGGCGAAAUCCAAUUCUAUAACCCACAAGAUCAACUGAAGGCAGCUUUUUGUGCACUCAAAAUUUGUCCUACAUGUAAAAGCUAAAAAAAAUGUAAUAGAUCCAUUGCAAAUACAUAAAAAUAAACAUUUUCGAAAAACA